AUGGCGCGUACUAUUGACCUCGCACCCGAGGAGCAGUCUCCGACCGUCUGGUCCCUCCGGCGCAUGACCCGCUGCGAUCUCGUUUCGCUUGUGCAUACAGCUGACUUUGGCACUGUUGGCGACUGCGAACUUCUGCUUGACCGGGGAAAUGCAGAGUUCGGCUUGCUCUACCCGAUCCUCAUCGACGAUUCUAUCUCGGUUGCGGCCCAGGACGACAAUGGCAAGCCAGUGUACUUCAAGGCCUCGGAAGCACUCGCAUUGGUCAACUACCAAAUUGAGAUGGAGUUCGAGGACGUUGUCGAGGCCCAGAGCUUCCUUGCCGCGCUCAAGGCUCCCGCGACGGCUGCCUUGACGUUCUAUGAGGCGCCUGUUCUCAACGUCUUCAUGAAGGACAGUUUUCGCAUCACGCAGUUGGCUGCAUAUUGCGCGCAAGCCGAUCCUAGCUGGUGCAUAGCGGUCGAUCCCAUGGCCGAGAUGAGCAGAGCGUCUGGUCCGACCCCACCGAGGGGUUGGAUCUCUCAAUCCGCGUAUGGUACUAAAACCGUAACUGGUGAGGCGGUGCGCAUAACAGAGAUAAUAAGAAAUUAUAGUCUUGUUCUCCUUGACAUACACGGCGCAUCCGCUCUACAAAGGACUGAAAGACCCGAGAUAGCCUCAACAGGUCUCAAAGCGCACGAAGAGUUUCUAUAUGCCUUCUCCGGACUAAAAGUUACGAGACAAAGACGUAUGUGUCCCUGCGGUCAAGAAGUCGAUUAA